ACUGAAAAUGAAUGAAUGAGUAAUCAUCAUCAUCAUCAUCAUCAUCAUGACGUGCCAUUGUUUAUUUUCAGUCACAGACAAAUUCAGGUCGCACCUGAAACACCUGUUGAACAGGUAGUAAGUUCUGCACAUGCGCUGCACUUUGCCCAACCAUGGACGAUCCGGAACUUUAACCUCCUUUGGAUCCUUUCAAAUCAUUCCUUUACAUUUAACUUUAUUAAAAUGGAUUUAAUACGAUUACAGGGGACCUCUUCUGAAAGUGGAAUGUAUUUUGUUUUGUUUGUCAGCAUCGUUUUGUGGGCAGGCCAUGUGUCUUGUAUAACAGUGACUGCUCCCAUGGAGAUAAACGCGGUACAGGGCGACACGAUAACGCUGUCCUGCCACUUCACCUCGACUCAUCGUCCGACCAGCCGAAUAUCCAUUGACUGGUCCUUCAAACCUCAGAAUGAAGGCCCUUCUCAAGGCUUCUUCCACUUCCACUCCGUGGCAUAUCCUCCGGAUGGAGGCCACUUCAAAGGGCGAGUGGAAUGGCACGGGGACCCGGCGCGAGGCGACGCAUCGAUCCGCCUCCUGAACGCAUCGCUGAACGACAACGGCACUUACAUCUGUGCCGUCCGCAAUCCCCCCGACGUCCAGGGUCCUCCCUCAAACACCAUCCUCACCGUCAGCCUCAAGACAGGCAUCAUGCACUUUUCGGACAUUGCCAUGCUGCUGUUCUUCAUCCUCCUGCCGUCGCUGCUGAUAGCGAUGGUGCUGUUAGCGAGAAUGCUCUGUCCGUGUUGCUCUCCACGCGUCAAGAACUCGCAUCUCAGCCACCACUCACCCAUAGAGGUCACCGAUGGGGAAGAAAUGCUCACACACAGUAAGGAGUACAGCUACCAUCAUCCCUUGUCAAAGCAGAAGCCUGCCAUGUGCUGCGAAAUGUAUAUGGAGGACUCGGACGAAGAAUGCCGCAGAUAUUUCCAGAAGCAUCAGAUGCAAUUAGAAGCUGAGUCGCACUGUUAGAUCUUCCUGUAACACGACGCUCAGGUGGAAAACCAGGCAAAGCUUCACUAACAUUUACUAGAAAAACAAAUGCUUUACGGCUGAUCUGAUCCCAUCUGAACUGAACUCCUUCAGUUUUUUUUUCCUUCAGUUUUUGUUCUAUUCUUGCUAGCUUGUUGAUUUAGAGCUACAUUUCUUCUUAUUAGCUUCAGCAGCCUCGAUUCAGAAUGUUCUAGAAAGCUAGUCAGCGUCACUCCAAUUACACACCGACACCUACCAUUAAAACACAGUAACAAAGUGUCGCUAGAUCACUUGUAACAUUUUAGCUGUUCUUAGUUUGAGAUGAAAUUUGCAUUCGUUUUAAACUGUGUGAGACAAAUGCUAAAGUAGCUAACAUGGCGAUUUUCACUCUGGUUAGCCAUGUUAGCAUCCCCGAGUCAAGUAUAUCUUGUCAUAUUAGUCAUUAGGAAAAAUAUCACCAGAACUCUUGCUAAUUUACAUUUUUCUUGCACUGAAAAAGCAGUUGGCUUUCUCUUCACGGUUAGCGUAAAGUAUUUCUCUAACUCUAAUCCGAGCAACUGAAAAAUAAGAAACCUAAGAGGUACUGAGCCAUGCUAACAGGCUAUGUGGUACUGUUUCUGAUUUAGCAUUAUCGGCGUCAAGUAUUAUCGGUUACACUAGUGACAGCAGAUGGUAGCUGCAGACUGGUGGCCAUCUUUUACGGUUUAUAGAAGAUGACUAGGUUCUGAACUAAACUCUAGAGAGAGAAAGGAUACCAGGAAAAUACUGAAGUAGCACUUGCUAAUGUGGUAUUUGUGUAGCACUAACUUGCUGAAUCAGCAGCAGUUUUAUCUUUUUCAGGACCUUCGGAAUUUUCUAGAAUAAUUUUUUACUUACCAUAUGUUUGGACCUGGAGCUAAAGGCACCAUGACGGUAACGUAGCCCUCGAGUGACGAAGCGUAUACGAAUGGAGACACUCUUUAAAAGAAGUUAAUCAUAUUUAGGAAGUGAAGCGGAAUUCAGACACAUUUGUCAUUGUUUUGUCUGCGUGAUUUAUUACUUCUUUGUGUUAUUUUACAUCAUUUUACAACAACUUGGCUUCAUGUUAUGCCAUCACUUUUGCGUUUACUAGCAGAAACCGGUCCAGCCAUCACUCUGCAUGUCCCCUGCUAUCAGUUUGUGAACUGAAAUUGAAUCAUAAAUUCAUUCGCUAAAUGAACAUAAGUCUAAAUGUACAUAAUAUUUCUGUCAGCACCUUAUUAAUAACUGCACAGCUACAGAUGCUGUAGUAAGAAAGUUGAGCAACAGGCCAGCUUUUGUGUUGUCUAUUUAUUUGUGGAUGUAAAAUUGUGUAAUAUUAUGAGUAUAAUGUUUAAUAAUAAAAGAAAUAAA